UUUUAUUAUAUAAUUUAGAAAAAAAACGUUAGAUUUAUUACAUUUUUCGCGUAUAAUAAAUAAAUAUUAUAUAUAUGUAAAAGAGUUAAAUUUGUUAUGUUCAUGUAAUAUCUUACAUUUACAUGAUAAACGAACAUACGUUUGUGAUGAGUAGCGUAUAUCGUUCGAUGGAGGAAAAAUAAUUGAGGUUAGAAUAUUUUCUUUUUUCCAUAAAUCAACUGAGAAACAUGGCGCGAAGGAUUUUUCAUUCUUUUUCAAGCGAUUUAUUACAUAUUAAUGGUCAACAAGUUCGAUAUGGCCAUUUUAUUCGUGGACAAAAUCCAAUAAAUGCUUAUACAUUAGAAAGACGACUGAAAGUUUUGAAUCAAAAAGAAUCCUAUUUAAAAGAUCAAGUUAACAUUGGUUUACCAGUAUCUAAAAUACCUACAACGAUGAUAAAAGAAUGGAACAAGGAAAUGAAAGCUAAUGGAAUAAAUCCUGAGUUAGAAAAAAUAUCACGUAAACUGCAAUUAAAUGUCGAUUUAGAGAAAAUACGAGAGAUUUGGUGGCAAACACAUGGGCCUGAACAUAUUUAUAAAAUUGCAGAGCAUUAUGGAAUCUAUCAACAUUUAUAUAAAGAUGCAUAUUUUUAUCCGGUUGUACAUUUACAAAUAGAUUAUGAUUUUGGAUCUGAGGAUAAACUUGCUAGAGUGUAUAAUGGAAAUGUAAUUAAACCAAGUGAGGCACAAGACCAACCUAACAUUAAAUAUGAUGCUAAUUCAGAUACACUAUGGACAUUAUUAAUGACUACACCAGACGGAAACUUUACUAAUUCUAAUAAUGAAUAUUGCCAUUGGUUCAUCGGAAAUAUUCCUGGAAAUGAUAUAGCAAAAGGGGAACAAUUAAUUGAUUACUUAAGGCCAAUACCACCACGAGGUCUUGGAUAUUGUAGAUAUAUAUUUGUAUUAUAUAAACAAGAUAAAUAUAUUGAUUAUACAAAAUAUAAAAAAGAACAGCCUUGUCUGAACUUAUUGGAACGCGAUUGGAAUACAUUGGACUUUUAUAGAGAACUUCAAGAUUAUAUAACGCCAGCAGGAUUAGCAUUUUUCCAAUCCGACUGGGAUCAAUCUCUUUCUGAUUUUUAUCAUUUUAAUUUAGAUACAAAAGAACCAAUAUUUGAGUAUGAUUUUCCAAAACCACAUAUAAAGGAACAGGAAUGGUUUCCAUUAAAACGAGCUUUUAAUUUAUAUUUAGAUAGGUACCGGGAUCCUAAAGAAAUAAAUAAGGAAUUUUUAUUGGAGAAACUAAAAAAGGUUCAUCCUUUCAAAGAACCAGAACCACCAUUAAAAUAUCCGAAUGCUCAUGCUUUUGAAAUUCCUGUACCUACUUGGUUGAGAGUAGAAAAAAGAAAAGAAAGGCUAGGUUGGGGACGUAUAAAUAAUAUUGAAUAAUAAUAACUAUAAUCGAUAUUGUUUUGUUAUAGUA